AUGGUCCUACUCACUUACACCACCGUUGUGGCAUUGAUUGCCGCCUUCGCUGAGGCUACACCUCUGAGCGUUGGUGCCACUGCCCAGCUUGGCCCUUCCUCUCUCAUGGAGAAAAUCAAUAUCCCCUCUCAGUGGAAGUCAUCUGGCACUCCCCACCCUAAUGUUAUGAUGAAGAUGCAAAUCGGUCUCAAGCAGAAGAACAUGGGUGGCCUACAAAAGAAACUUCUUGACAUCUCGGACCCCAAGAGCGCCAACUACGGAAAGUGGCUUUCCAAAGAUGAGCUCGAGGCCUUUACUUCCCCCUCUGAAGAAAGCGUCAAGUCUGUCAAGACUUGGCUGUCAUCCUUCGGUAUCAAGGAUAGCGCUAUGAACCAGCCCACGCCCGACUGGCUGGAAGUCAACGUUCCAAUUAGCCAAGCUGAGAAGAUGCUCAACUCCAAGUAUGAAAUGUACACCAAUGGCGCCACUGGUCAGUCCAUGGCGCGUACUACUCAGUACUCGAUCCCUAAGGCUCUUCACGACCAUGUCGACACCAUUCAGCCUACGACCUCUUUCCACCGCCAUAUGGGUGCUCAGGUCGACAAGAACUUUAAGUCCGAUUCUGGCAAGACCAAAAGACAAAGUGGCUGCAACUCUCAGCAUAUUACCCCCUCUUGCAUUCGUAGUUACUACAACGUUGACUACACUGCAAAGGGAAAGGCAAGCCUUGCUGUAACCGGCUUUAUCGAGUAUUCUGCCAGCCACAAUGAUGCUGCUCAAUAUUUGAGCCAGUAUCAGCCUGCUGCCAAGGGUACCAACUUCAAGGAUGUCUCCAUUGCUGGAUUCACCAACAACCCUAACGACGCCACCUUGGAGGGUAACCUUGAUACCCAAAUUGCACUGUCUGUGGGAUACCCCAACCCUGUUUCUUACCUCGCUGUUGGUCCUGUUACUGGAAACCCCAACACGGAGCCAUUUGGCGAUGAGCUUGUCAACUUUGGUAACUACCUCAACUCGGCGUCCAGCCCACCGACUUCUGUGUCCACGUCUUAUGGCCAGGAAGAGCAAGGACUUACAUCUAACUACCUUGACCGUAUCUGCAAUGAGUUUAUGAAGGCUGGCUCCCGAGGAGUUUCCAUCUUCUUCUCGUCUGGCGACUUUGGUGUUGGUGGCAAUGGCGAGCAGAACUGCAACCAGGGAUUUUACGCCCUCUUCCCUGCUUCGUGCCCAUAUAUUACCUCUGUUGGUUCAACCCAGUUCAGUAACGGGGGUGAAAUUGCUGCUACAUUUGACCGUGGCGGCUCUACUGGUGGCGGUUACUCAUGGUACUUCAAUGCUCCUACUUGGCAAUCCAAUGACACUUCGUCCUAUGCUAGAAACAACCUUGACUCGAGCUAUGACGGGUACUACAACGCCAACGGACGUGGUUACCCUGAUGUCGCUCUGAUUGGUGAGUACUACGACAUUGUUAUCAACGGUGGUGUUGAGUCUGGUGUCUACGGUACUUCUGCGUCCUCCCCUGCUUGGGCAUCUCUUGUUUCUCUUAUCAACGACCAGCGUAUCAGCCAGGGUAAAUCUACCCUUGGAUUCCUCAACCCCCUUCUGUACUCCAAGGGUCGAUCAGCCUUUAAGGAUAUUACUGCUGGAAACAACCGGGGCUGUGGGACGUAUGGCUUCCCUGCUGCCCAAGGUUGGGAUCCCACGACUGGUUUGGGAACACCUAAUUUCUCUAAGCUCAGACAGGCUUUGCAGUAG